UUCUGGACCUUGGAGUCCAGUUCUUAGCCCCGGUCCUGACACCUCUUUGCUGGAUUUAAUUUUGCUGGAUUUUUCUCUCUAUCAUUCAUCCACUUCAGGACUUUUAUAUUUGUCAUUGUUCAUUUGGCAACUGACGGUGCACACCUUAGCAUUUCCAGGCAGAAAAGUGCAGUGGACAGUGAGUUAGGAGGCACCAUGAUGGCUUUACCUUUCUACCAGAAACAUCACCAACACUAUGACCGUGCGUACCGCCACAAAGAGCUGCAAUCCACUCUGAGCCAGUACCAAAAGGAGGAGAAGCGUAAAUCGGCUGUCUACAGUCAUGGGUCUACAGCCUACACUCAUGGAUCUGCCGCCUACCGCCAUGGGUCUGCAGCAGCCUACAGUCAUGGAUCAGCAGCCUACAGUCAUGGAUCAGCAGCCUAUGGUCACGAGUCUGCAGCCUACGGUCACGAGUCUGCAGCCUACAGUCAUGGAUCUGCAGCCUAUGAUCAUGAAUCUGCAGCUCACAGUAGGAGAUCUGCUGCCUAUAGUCUUGGAUCAGAAUCCCUCAGUAAGAGGUCUGCUGCCUACAGUCUUGGAUCUGAAGCCUACAGUCACGGACUAAAAGAUUCCAAUAUAAUGAUAGAAGAUCGAUCCUAUAAGUUGAGUCCCAAAGCAAAGAGGGCAAAGCAGAGUUUAUUCUCUGAGGAGAAAGAAAAUAAAGCCAUUGACUAUGUAGUACCAGUGUUCACAGGACGUCAAGUGUAUGUCAGCGGGAUUACAGAUACAGAAGAGGAAAGAAUUAAGGAAAGUGCUGCAUACAUUGCCAGAAGGAACCUCUUUGCUACAGGCGAAGGAAUUAGUGCAACUAGAGUGGCCACUUCAUCCUCUACAGAAGAGCAGCAUGAAAAGAAGUCAAGGAAAGUAGCGAUACGAGAGUCAGCUGAACGUCUGGCCCUGAAGAAAACGUUAGAAGAGACUGAGGAAUUUCACAGAAAGCUGAAUGAAGAUAAACUUUUACACGCUCCUGAGUUUGUUAUCAAGCCUCGUUCCCAUACUGUCUGGGAGAAACAGAAUGUCAAGUUACAUUGUACUGUGACUGGCUGGCCAGAACCCCGUCUUACAUGGUGCAUAGACCCUAGAAAUGUCAGAGUACUAGGUGCCCUGCCUAACCAUUUGCAUCAUUUCAGAUGUGAUUUUGAAGACACCGCUCAGUAUCGAGCUUCUGCCAUGAAUGUUAAAGGAGAACUUUCAGCUUAUGCUUCCCUUGUGGUAAAGAGAUAUAAGGGAGAGUUUGAUGCAAGUUAUUUUCAUGCUGGAACUGUUACCAUGCCUCUCAGCUUUGGUGUUACCCCCCAUGGCUAUGCUUCCAAGUUUGAAAUCCACUUUGUUGACAAGUUUGAGGUAUCUUUUGGGAGAGAAGGAGAGACAAUGAGUCUGGGUUGUACAGUUAUCAUUCAUCCCGACAUUAAGCGCUUCCACCCAGAGAUCCAGUGGUACAGGAAUGGUGUUCUUAUUACACCAUCCAAGUGGGUCCAGAUGCAUUGGAGUGGGGAGCGGGCUACGUUAACCCUUGCUCAUGCUAACAAGGAGGAUGAAGGUCUUUACACUCUUCGUGUGGUCAUGGGGGACUACUAUGAACAGUACAGUGGUUAUGUCUUUGUUCGAGAUGCAGAUGCUGAAAUGCCAGGAGCCCCGGCUUCGCCACUGGAUGUGGAGUGCUUGGAUGCUAACAAAGAUUAUGUCAUCAUCUCCUGGAAACAACCUGCUGUUGAUGGAGGAAGCCCCGUCCUUGGAUACUUUAUUGAUAAAUGUGAGGUUGGCACCACUCACUGGUCCCAAUGCAAUGAGACUCCGGUGAAGUUUGCUCGUUUCCCUGUCACGGGUUUGAUAGAAGGUCGCUCCUAUAUAUUCCGAGUCCGGGCUGUGAAUAAAGCUGGAAUAAGCAUACCAUCAAGGGUUUCUGAGCCUGUGGCAGCUCUGGAUCCUGCUGACAGAGCUAGGCUUAGAAGUCACCCUUCUGCUCCCUGGACAGGGCAAAUUAUUGUCACUGAGGAAGAACCUGCAGAGGGCGUUGUUCCCGGCCCGCCAUCAGAUCUCCGUGUUAUUGAAGCCACCAAGAACUAUGUUGUGCUCAGCUGGAAACCCCCUGGAGAACGGGGUCAUGAGGGUGUCAUGUACUUUGUGGAAAAGUGUACUGCAGGCACAGAGAACUGGCAGAGGGUGAACACUGAGAUCCCUGUAAAGUCUCCUCGCUUUGCUGUUUUUGACUUGGCUGAAGGGAAAUCUUACCGUUUCCGUGUUCGCUGUUGUAAUUCAGCUGGCAUUGGUGAGCCCUCAGAAGCAACUGAAGCUACUGUGGUGGGUGACAAACUUGAUAUUCCCAAAGUCCCAGGCCGUAUUAUACCAACCAGGAAUACAGAUACCUCAGUGGUUGUCACUUGGACAGAAUCUAAAGAUGCCAAGGAGUUGGUUGGGUACUACGUAGAAGCAAGCAUAGCUGGAUCUGGCCAUUGGGAACCAAGCAAUAACAAUCCAGUGAAAGGCACAAGAUUCAUUUGCCAUGGACUCCUCACUGGUGAGAACUACAUUUUCCGAGUCAGAGCUGUUAAUGCAGCUGGACUCAGUGAAUAUUCACAGGAAUCAGAGGCUAUUGAAGUCAAAGCAGCCAUUGGGGGAGGAUUGCUUCAUGGUGUGUGUCCUGAACUGAGUGGUAAAGCUGGUGGACUAACAGACUACACUACCUCCUGGGAAGGCAUGCAUGAGUCCUCCCAGCCUAUCUUUGACACAGAUGCUUUGCUAAAAUGCAAUGCUAAAUUUAACAGACACGUGCUACCCAGUAGCUCUGAUAAGCUGGGGAGUACAGGAGUCAGUGAAGUAAGAGAAACGGUUAAGAAUGUUCCUACACCUUCACCACAGAAGGGAGCUGCUAAGCAGGCAAGUAAGACUCAACCUGGGGACCCUUUGGCAUUGGAGAAAAUGAAAGAGAAGAAAGAUAUAGCUGCCCCAUCUCCACCUUAUGACAUCACUGUACUUGAAAGUGUUCGUGACUCAAUGGUGCUAGGAUGGAAACAGCCCAAAAUCAUUGGCGGAGCUGAAAUUACUGGCUACUAUGUGAACUAUCGUGAAGUGAUUGAUGGAGUUCCUGGAAAAUGGAACGAGGCCAACAUUAAACCAGUUAGUGAGAGGGCCUACAGGAUUCACAAUUUGAAGGAAAACAUGGUGUACCAAUUCCAAGUGGCUGCUGCUAACCUAGCUGGGGUCGGCACACCCUCCCCACCUACUCGAUCCUUCAAAUGUGAAGAAUGGACCAUUGCUGUUCCAGGACCACCCCAUGAUCUCUUAUGCACUGAAGUUAGAAAAGACUCUUUGGUUUUACUGUGGAAACCACCAAUUUAUAUUGGCCGUAAUCCUGUAACUGGUUACUAUGUUGAUGUGAAGGAAACAGAAGCAACAGACGAACAUUGGAGGAGUGUCAAUGAGAAGCCAAUUGCAAAUAAAUUCUUAAAGGUCAGUGGCCUAAAGGAAGGUGUCAGCUAUCUAUUCCGGGUGCGAGCAACAAAUCAGGCUGGUGUCGGGAAACCUUCUGAUACCACUGACCCUGUCAUAGCAGAAACACGACCAGGAACUAAAGAAAUGGAAGUAGAUGUGGAUGAUAAUGGAGUCAUUUCCCUGAACUUUGAAUGUGACCAGAUGUCUCCAGACUCUAAGUUUGUCUGGUCCAAGAAUUAUGAACCAAUUGAGGAUGAAUCUCGAUUAGCCUUUGACGCCAAAGGCGGAAAGUCAAAAGCUGCUUUUAAAAAUCUUGGAGAAGAUGAUUUGGGCAUUUACUCUUGUGCUGUCACAGACACUGAUGGAGUUUCAUCAAGCUACACAGUAGACGAGGAAGAGAUGAAACGCCUGCUCGCUCUCAGCCAUGAGCACAAAUUCCCAACUGUCCCACUUAAGUCUGAGCUGGCAGCUGAACUUCUGGAGAAGGGACAAGUGCGAUUCUGGCUGCAGGCUGAAAAGCUGUCUGGCAAUGCAAAGGUCAACUUUGUAUUUAAUGACAAGGAAAUUGUUAAUGGAGAGAAAUAUAAGAUGAAGGUGGACCAUAAUACUGGCCUUAUUGAAAUGAUCAUGGAUAAAAUUGAGGACAAUGAUGAAGGGACUUAUACCUUCCAACUUCAGGAUGGAAAAGCAACGAACCAAUCCAGUCUUGUUCUUAUUGGUGAUGUGUUCAAGAAGCUACAGAACGAAGCAGACUUUCAGAGGCAAGAGUGGUUCAGGAAACAAGGUCCUCAUUUUGUUGAGUAUCUGGGAUGGGAAGUUACCGCUGAUUGCAAUGUGUUGUUGAAAUGCAAGGUGGCUAAUAUUAAGAAGGAAACGCACAUUGUUUGGUACAAAGAUGGGAGGGAGAUAAUGGUGGAUGAGGAGCAUGACUUUAAGGAUGGCGUAUGUACUCUGCUGAUAUCAGAGUUUUCCAAGAAAGAUGCUGGUAAUUAUGAAGUAAUACUGAAGGAUGACAGAGGAAAGGACAAAAGCAAACUGAAACUUGUGGAAGCAGCUUUUGCAGAUCUGAUGAAUGAAGUGUGCAGAAAGAUUGCUGUAUCUGCAACAGAACUGAAAAUCCAGAGCACAGCAGAGGGUAUCAGAUUAUUCUCUUUUGUUAAUUAUUACUUGGAAGAUCUGAGGGUGAGCUGGUUACACAAUGAUGCCAAGAUUAAGUAUACAGACAGAGUUAAGACUGGUGUUACUGGGGAGCAGAUCUGGUUACAGAUCAAUGAGCCAACUCCACAGGACAAGGGCAAAUAUAUAAUGGAGCUCUUUGAUGGUAAAACUACACAUACAAGGAAGCUGGAUCUUUCUGGACAAGCCUUUGAUGAAGCCUGUGUUGAAUUCCAAAGAUUAAAACAAGCUGCUGUUGCAGAAAAAAAUCGUGCCCGGAUACUUGGAGGUUUGCCCGAUGUUGUCACCAUCCAGGAAGGCAAGGCGCUUAAUCUUACUUGCAAUGUCUGGGGAGAUCCUGUCCCAGAGGUCACGUGGCUGAAGAAUGAGAAACCGUUGACAGCAGAUGCCCACUGCAUCCUGAAAUACGAAUCUGGAAAAAGCGCCAGCUUCACUAUGACUGGCGUUAACACAAUCGACUCUGGGAGAUACGGCAUUUUGGUGAAAAACAAAUACGGCACAGAAACAAGUGAUUUCACUGUAAGUGUGUUCAUACCUGAGGGAGAAGAUGAAGUAUCUCAGCCUGAGCCCAGUAAAGGAGAUAAAAAGAAAGUGUGAAUUUGAGACUAGGAAACAGAAGUACGGGGGAGAGAUUGAAUGAUAUACUGGCAUAAUUCAUGUGUGUAAAUUGUUUUAUGCAUAGCAAAUAGCCUUGGAUCCUUCCACUCACUUCACUUGUGUUUUUAUUACACUUAUUUACACCAAGCAAAAUAGUGCCUUUACUAAUGCAUAUUUAAACACCAUUCUCUUAUAGCUAACCACACAGAACCUAACCCUGCAAAUCCUAAAUUCCUACUGAAUGCAGGAUCAGGUCCAAGAUUUGACCCUCUUCCUCCAUAUAACACAAACCAGAAGAGUGAGGGAGAAUUUCAAGGGAGGCAACUAAUGAGGUGGCUGAAAGGAUUAAGAAUGAUCAAGGCUUAAAGGAGAUGUUUUUCUGAGCAACAAUUUAGAUUUGGUCAGACUUUGGUAAAGUAGUGUAUGUGGAGUGUACUAUAGCUAUUAGAAACAGAGGUCCUGAUUCUCAUUUACACUAAGGCCUUUUACACAAUUUUGGCAGUAUAAAGAAAGAUGCCUUAAAAUGGGAGUAAAUGUUCUUUAUAACCACUUUAAGGCUUGUUUAUCCUGUCUGAGUAUUGUAAAGGGGCUGUGGUAUAAAUGAGAAUGAGCCCCAGGAUGCUAAAUCAACAAAUAUGUCGUAUGUGUUGCUAUAAUAUUAAUGUGCGCUCAUGUCAACAACAGUGUAUGAUUCCUCCUCAAUGGUUACAAAUAAAUGGAACACAUUUCUUUCAUCUCUACUUUCA